GGACUUUUCAACGUCACACGCUGUCGACACCGGGGAGCAGAGACACAACUGCUUGUGUUAAACACAUUUAAUUGAGUUUAAUAUAAAGUUCGCUAGGCUGCAUUAACAUGGUCGGAAAGAUAAAACAUGUCCGACAGAAGAUUCACCAGGAGGCGGUGAAGCUCGACAGGCCGAGCAGCCUCACACAGCCCCACGACUCUGCGUUAUCUCGGAGUUUAGAGCAGCCUCCUCCACUGGGACUACACACAAUAAGUCCUCCACUGCUGGGAAAUAACAAGAGUGACGCCUCGAAAAAUGUCAAACAGGCUCUGGCAGGGAGCUCCUUCCCCUCUGGGAUCUUCGCUGGCACUAAAAUAACUCCAGAGGCUCUGGUACAAACACUGAAGUUUGAAGAACCUCCAGAUGUUCCCACACCUGCUCAGAAAGGCACAGAAGAGAAGAAAGUCAAGCCAAAGAAAGAGAAGAUGAAGGAGAGGCGGGAGAGAUGGCUCAACAAGAUCAGCUCCAUCAAACAGGCCAAGGAGCAGCAGGCAGCCGAGGCCCGAAGGCAAGCCACGCCCGUGGUGGGGGACAUGAGGCCGCUGGCCGACGCCCUGCCGGAGCUCUCCCAGCUUGUCGCCCCCGCCGCAACGGCCCUCACCACUCGCCGCAAGAGUAGGAAAAACAAAGUGCCGGUGAAGAGACCUGAGCCAACAGAUUUCAGUCAGAUGAAACAGUCACAGAAACGCAAACUCCUGGAGACGGAGACCAGCCGGUUUAGUGACGCAGUGAAGACCCUCUCGGCCAAAAUGAAUCCUUUAGCCGACAUCGGCGAGCAGCUGAGGAAGAGGAUGAGGCAGGAAGAAGAGCAAGGUCCCAGCUAACAGCAGCAGCAACUUCCACAGACUUGAUUUUGUCAGGGAGACCCAACACUGGUACAUCCUUGGCUUUAAAAGGAGGAAGAACCUGACUCGCUCUCGCAUAUGUCAACCACUGACUAAAGGAGUCCCAGACACAGUUGAGUGGCGUAAAGUGUAGUGUUUGUUAAUGUUGACUGUAACGGAUAUCCUUUUAGUUUUAUUAUCCACGCUCUCUCUUCAGUAAUAAAUCCCAGUAUCAAACAAUCAAUUUUCAUGUGUAUUUUCUAUAUGUUGGAGUCUAUUUUCAGCUGCAUUCAUAUUGGCUCCAACUCCAAACAUUUAAUAUUCAAUUGCAGCGUGUACAAACAAAUCUGCCUUGUUUCUAUCGACGCCUACACAACCGUUCCCACUCUUCUAUUUUCAGUAUCUUCUCAUUGUGCUGUAUUCAGAAUAAGAUCAGCUCCCAACACUGAGUGACUCAUCAGCGAUAACCAUAGCAACUCCACUGAUCCAUGUAAAUGAACAUCUUGUCAGGGCAACACUGAGCCACAAACUGAAUGAAAAUAUUGUCAAACUGUCAUCAGUGAGCACAUCAACAUGUUAUGGGGAGAUCUGGAAAUCACUAUACAAAUAUGUGUGUGAACCAGGGUUGUCACAUUGUCAGAUUUUUACUACUCGAUUACAGCGACCAAUAAUUCAUAACAAUGAUAUUAAAUCAACAAGUCAUCUUCAACUUUUAUUUUUUUGGCAAAUUAAUUACACUCAGAUACAUGUUCUUAACACGACAUCAAUAUUUUCAUUUUUUAAAUAUUACUGGUUAUUGGCAAUACCAGUAUAUAGCGACACCCCAAAUGUGAAUAUGGACUUUCAGAAGGAAACUCGCCUUGAUUUGUUAUAGUGCCCAAACCUUUCCCCAAACAGUGCUGAUGUAUUGAAUAAAAUGAAGCUGAUAAUAAACUAAUUAUUAAUCAUAAUAAAAAUCUGGUAAUAAAACUCACAU